CACUAUAUCUUUUUGUUAUUAAAUCGAGUCGCGGUAGGUAGCAGACGUUACAUUUUUCGCGAUUUUUUUUAAUCCCGUGCUGAAAUAAACAGUGGCGAAUCUAGGCCAUGGCGACAUAUAUUCUAUUUUAUUCUCUGCCCCUGCGUACUUCGUGAAUUAACUGCCAAGUGUUAACACAGAAAUCGUGCUCAAAAUGGAAAUUGUGAACAUUGAGGACGGUCAAGCCGACCAAGUAGCGGUAAUACGAAAGAAAAGUAUUUGGGCGAAAAUAAAUAACAGAACAACAUACAGUUAUUUAGUCAACAUUGUAAUUUCAAUAAUUUUGUUGACGUCUUUGGUGUUAGUUUUAUAUUUCUUUAAAGAAUAUUUAAAAACUAUUUUAUAUUGGGUUGAUGCUCAAGACCCGAGGAUUGUGUUUUUAUUGUUUAUGGGAUUAUUUUUAAUCGUUAGUUUUCCAGUGACUAUUGGCUAUUUAGUGCUCAUAAUAACUAGUGGAUAUUUAUUCGGUAUUCCGAAGGGUUUGGGUACAGUAGUGGUAAGCGCGAACUUCGGUGUUGCUGUAGCCCAUUUUACCUUGAAGAUGUUAAGAGGAUAUUUGCCUUUGGACCGGCUGUUGAAGUCAGAUACUGCAAGAGCCCUCCUCAAAGUUAUUGCAGGACCUCAGGCUUUCAAGAUAGUUUUUUUUGCCAGAUUAACACCAAUACCAUUUGGGUUACAGAACACAAUAUUUGCUGUAAGCGACGUUCGCGGUUGUGGCUACCAUUGGGCUACAUUGCUGGGUUUGUUACCGGCGCAGGCCAUCAACGUAUACCUCGGUUCAACGCUGCGGUCAAUGCAUGAUGUGCUGCACGAGUCACACGUCACUGGUUAUGUGGUCUUUGCAUUUCAGAUCCUCAUUGGAGUCACAUUAAUGGUGUGGGUGGUGCAGAAGGCUCGCAAGGAGCUGACGAUAGCGAUAAUGGCGGCUGAACUUGGGCGUGACACCCUAUCAACAAGCAGUUCAUCCAGCUAGCCCACGGCCCACACCUCAGGGCCGGAGAGCGCCGGUAGUAGCUAGGAGUGCGCCCCCGGGUGCUUGGCCCCGGGAGACACUUACGUGUGAACUGUGAUAUUAUGCUUAUGUAAAUCAGUGGUAUUGGGAUCUCUUUGUGGCGGUUACAAAUUAUCAUAAAGGUAUUAAAAUUUUGACAAUUGUAAAUAUCUAAACUCGUAAUUAUAAGAUUCUGUCUUGAUCUAUCGAAUUUGUCUCACGGGUAAUAUUUGUGGAAGCUUCACAAUACUGUAAUAUAUGUAGUGUAUUAUUAUACAAGUUCUACUAUGAUAAAGAUACGAAGGAUACCGCGUGCUGGAAGUUACAGUCUUUAAUAAGUCAGCAUUUUCGCCAAUCUUAAUAUCUAUGUGUGAUAUGUACGAAGAAAUGUCUUCGCAACAAAUCUAAAUGAUAUUUUAUUAAACGGUAUUAUAUUGUGCUAACCUCGGUGUUGCCCUUUAUAUUGACAUUUGCUCAGACACAGUCAGUGUUGCUAUUAGUAUGAAUGUCUCGCGUAGAAAGUUUGAUACUUGCUAGGUCAUUUUAUCGUGCUAGAGUUUUGUCUUGUUUAUGAAUAAGUAAUCCAAGUACGCUUUGGUUGUAUUCUAAAUAUAAAUGUAUACAACUCUAUUACGAACUUUGCACGUUAUUGUCAUACAAUGUUCCUAUUUCCGUUUUAACUUCAAAUUUAAUUGCGUCACCAAACUAUUGAAUGAUUGUGCUUUAUCGUCGUUGCUAGGUAAGAUAAUAUUGUACUCUGAUGUUAUAAGGGGCUUUAUUGUUUGUUUGCAUUGAAUGGUCUCCGAAACUUCGGUACCUAUUAAAAAAAAUAACAUUAUCCCAGAAUGUCUAUGGAAUAUUUCCAAAGAAGUUUAGGAUUCGAAUAAUGAUAAUAUAACUCAAGGUAUGGAAAAAUCACGUAUAUUGUGUACGCUGUGAAAACUAUUGACAAUAGAGCAAAGUGAUAUACUACAGUUUUAAACAGAACAUCAAUAUCUAUGAACCAGUCUGCGAUACCAUAUUUAAUAAAACAAAUAUCCAGCCCUCCGAAGCCGGGAAAUUUGGUAGAAAUGUUUCUAAGCUAUCGACAUAAUUCUCGACUGUUAGCAUAAGUGUUUUCGUGGAAUGAAAUACUUUAGAUUUGUAUUAGCUAUACGUUCGCUGAUUUCAACUCAACACGCGUAUACAACAUCGUAUGUAUUAUAUCAUAUGGACGCAUGGGAUACUUGGAUCGAUUCUGUGUCGGAGCCUGAAUUAAACUAAAUUUGUUUUUCGCAUUGUGAAGACUGGACUAAAUGGUCUGUCCUCUUACUGGUUACGGAAAUUCUAUGCCAAUUAUAGUGCUGUAUAAAAAUACUCACGCACUUUUGGCUGAUUUGUUCAAGAAGGUAGUUGCCCGAAUUCUCCAGUGGGUCGCAUGUCUGUAUGGGAUAUAUUUUAUGCUAGCCUCUGUGUUCUAGGACGAUAACAAUCAUAAAAUGUUCAUGUUAAUCUUAUUAUGAUCGCGAAGUCAUAAUUUUGCAUAUACAUUUCUCCCUUAUCAAAGCACGCGAGGCUAGGCAUUCGUUAAUUUACAAACAUUUUACGAUUUCACUGAUGUAAUAAUUUUUGUCACGAGAAUUCACCGAAGCAUAAACAAUUAUGCCGUGAUAGUAUUGAAUGGAUUUGCCAAUGAUUUGUCAUGGUAUAGAGGAGAUCAUAACCCAAGUACCUACGUAUAGGUAAAUAAAUUUAAUAUAUUUUGUAGAUUUCUUUUUAUAGAACAGGUGGCAAACGGGCAGGAGGCUCACCUGAUGUUAAGUGUUACCGCCGCCCAUGGACACUCUCGAUGCAAGAGCGCAAGUGCGUUGCCGGCCUUUUAACGGGUUCAUUUCUAGAACAAAUCGAUCCACAGUCUUAAUUAUCUAUUUCACGGUCCUGUUACUGUGGGUAUUUUUAUACCCACAGUAAUGUAUGGUAUGGCAUGGAGUAUGGCAAUGGAAAGCAUAAAGAAAGACUCCACUCCAAUUAUAAACCUUCUAACCUAUAAAUAGUAUUUACGAUCGGUGUUUUUGAUCUAAAACUUCGCCCCGGUUGUUAAUCUGUUCAGGUUAAAAUUUAAAAUGUAUUCUUACAAUCACAAUUAAAAUGUGUUAAUUUAAACCGUUAGUAUAAAUCUAUGGUCGCUCGAUUGUACAUUGUAACCUUUAGUAAAGUCAUGACAUUUAAAACCUUAACGUGCCAGACUUGGAACAAAUUACUGGGCUCAAGAAAUGUAUUUUUAAACCUGUGCCUAAACUAACAACCCUUGUAACUUCUUAAGAAUUCCCUAUUUUUAUCCAGUUUUAAACCAGUUGCGAUAGCAAGUAUUCCAUAUUGAAUUAUUUAUUUUCUGACCUUCGAGUAGACGUAUUGAGUGAAACGCGAGACAAAGUUACUUCAAAAAUCGAGUUAAAAAUUCAUCCAAGAUUAAUUAAUAAACAGCUUGCAGUGGGUUUGAGUUUUCGCAUUGAGGUCUAUAGCUCUAGAGUUUUUAUUCUGAUUUAUACCGAAACCGCCGCUGAAUUGUUUAUUUUAAUCCGUGAUUUAGUGAAUUCUGAUAAAAAAUUCCGCGAGUUGUUUGUUUAAAUAUUUUUCUCUUUUUAUAUGAUUUGGAGUUGAUCCAAAUCGCAUACUGCGACACAAGAUAAAUAGGAUGAUGCGUAAGAAAAUUAUUUACUAACCACGGUCAGACGGAGUUAAAUUCGAUAUUAUUUCAAUGUAUAAGUUUUGAUGGCGCUGGUGAACAUUGGCUUAUCUAAGGUUAUUUUGUAGGAAAUUUUCGUGUUCGGCGUAGAAUUUAGUUCUGAGUAAUCAAAAAUAGCUAUAUUUUUGUAUACAAUUCCCAUAAAUAGCCUUAGAAACCUUGAGAUCGUACGACACCGAAAUUAACAUUGAAGUCGGGUUCCCAUUUGCUAUCGGAUGUUAUAGAGUACCAGAGCUGGGGUGGUACUGUCGUGUUCGCAAAGAUUUCGUGAUAGUUGCAUGUCAAAACCGAUAAAAAACUUCGGAGUUAUAAGUACUUCCUAGUCUUAUCCACUUCAAACACUUGUAGACGACUUUAUGUACACAAGUAAACUAUUUUUACUCCUUUGUUUAUCAACGAAAAUAACGAAGCUUAAAAAUAGCAUUAUAGUUAUUAUGAAACACAGAUACAAAUAUCAUAAGUAUCGGAGCAAUCACCUAUACAUUAUCAUCAUGUUGAGUGCGCGGGCCAAUAUUUACGCGCCUUAUCACAGAUUAUCAACAAAGCUAAUUGUUCCACGAAGGUCGUAUAUGAAAAUUGCAAUACGUUGUUCUAAUUUUAAUUAUUAUAAUAUAUAUAUAUAUAUAUUUAUAAUAUUCAUAGUUUUUUUAUAAACAAAAAAAACUAUAAUUUCAAAAAUAAUAUUUAGAAUGGAUGGAAAGCUGGUUUGUUCGUAACUUGACCAUAUAGCUAAUAAUAAUCAAGUUUAUUUACUUGUAUAAUACUCGUCUUCUUUCGCUUUAGGUGUUUGUACAUCUUUAACAGGAGUUUUACUAAAAAAAUGCAAUAGCGUGGUGACGCAAAAUCAAGAAUAGAUUUUUUGUCCCCAUUUGAAAUUGAAUUUAAAAUUACUGCCUAAAUUAAACUUUAUCGAAAAUUAUCGUUUUAAUUAUAUUAAGUUAACGAAAUUUAUUAAGAUAAAACACGUCCUAGACAAAAGAUACAUUAAUUUCAAUACUAUUUAAAUUUGGCAUACAAAGAUUAUGAGGACCACUUUAGACCCCGUGUACAUUGUCAGUGAUUGUCACAGGAGGUAUAUUUGGAAAUUGACAACUUCUAUAGUCUAAAUGAAUCUGUGAUUAAUUCUCUUUGGUUUAUUACUUAAAAUAUAUUGCAGCAUUAAUCCUUUAUAAGACACCUUUGAGAUCACUAUUUAUUAAUUAUGAUGCUUGUCAUAUUAGGAUUAUGUAUAAGUACUCUCAAGUUAGUUAUUAAUAAUCCUGUAAAAUAUAAUUAUUCUUAUUGCUAAACAGCAUGUUUGAUGACGUCAAAUGUAACUCUAAUGUGCACAUGUUUAUUUAAGUAUAUGUAUAAAUAUCUAACCAAAUAUAAAACCUCAGGUAUUUUCAUAGAUACAUUAUUAAGAAUAUCUUGUCAUUAAUGUUCAGUGCAAUAUUAUAUUUAAUAAAAUUGUAUUGUAUAAAAAAUAUAUAGAGUCUGUGGUUACAACUGAAUGUGUUUCUCAAACUUAACUAUUGUUGAUUGAAGUCAGUGGCCCUAUAAUGUGUAUUUUAAGAUUUAAAAAUUAUUUACUUCCCUAAUAUAUUCCUAAGACUGAUAAUUUAUUUUUGGUUCCGCGCUACCAAGAUAGUUCUUAUCAUUUAAAAUAACAGCUAGAAUUUACAGAUUUAUUAUUAGCGUCAAACUGGUACAAAACAUACUGAUUGAAAUUUAUUUCCUAUUAUUUGGAGCUUCCUUUUAUUAGACCAAAUUUAUCUAUAUUUAAGUUUUCCUGAGAUAAAAGUCUGCUGUAUACAUUUGUAGACAUCGACGCGUGCCAUAUAAAAAUAUUAUAAAGCGUUUAAUUGUAAAAUAUAAAAAUUAGUAAUUUAUCUUUGGUAAAAUAUUUAGUAAUUGGUGCCAAAAUUUGUUCUGGGUCGUGUUGAAAAUGCGUUCAUCAUUUUCAAAGUCUUGUAGCUUAUUUGAAAUGGUGUCUUGCUUUCUGCACACAUGUUCUGCUUAGGUCGUAUCUGGUUAUUAAUGUGUAUUGUGUACAGUCUUGCAGUAUUCUAAUACAUAUUUGGUACUAAAAUAUUUUCAUAUUGUAAAUAUUGCAUGUAGAUAAAUUUUAAGCGAUAUGUAACAAAUGAGAAAAGUGAUGCUUGUAAAGCUAAAGAAAUAUGCUCACUCUUUUAUGGAUGUAUUCUAUAUUUUUAUUAAUACUUUAAUUCUAGAAUUAUAUAUGCAUUUAUAUUGUAAACGAAUUUAUUUUGUGUUAAGUACCCAUUGUUAUGUUCUUAAUCCUACUAUGUUAAUUAAAAAUAAUAAAUUAAUGUUAUUAUUUGAA